CAAAACAGAGUGACGUGCAGUAUUCAGAUGAAAGACGAACUUGUUGGGUUUUUAAUCAGAGUACGUAGCUUUGUGAGAAAGCCAACACAUUGGAAGUGUACAGCACUAUGCAGGUAGUGUACAGUGGCGGCUCAACCCCGUCCCCUUCCCCACGAGUCCAAAGGAAACUUUACCCCGGAUACGGACGUGCCAUAUUCAUUCCUGGCGGCAAGCAGAGCGGUCUUGUCUCGCAUUGUAGCAGUUCCAAUGACCGGAAGGGCGCCCCGGUGGCGGAAUCCUCCUUGAGAGACUCGAUCCCUGCCAUGAAGAGGCCCGUGGCAAUCACGUGUCUUGUUAUGAACAUUCUACUUCCGGGUCUUGGAACGUUUGUGGCGGGUCUAUCAACGCUCUGUGGAAGCACAAUCCGCUUCAAGACCAUGAGUACACAGAAGGUGAUCCUGUCCAACACUUCGGUGGCAUUUCUGCAGUUCCUGACAGCGUUCCUCUUCCUGCUCGGCUGGAUCUGGAGUAUCGUCUGGGGCGUCGCCUUUCUAACCAUCUCAGACGACUACUUUAAGAACUUCAAACGCCCGUCAAUUGCUUUGAAGCAACAUCCACUGCGGACAUCAUUGGACGUUGAACACGCCAACGGCUCAGGCUCGAGUAGCGUCAACCUUACCGAUUGCUCCACAAGGCUUGCAUUGCACUCCAGGCAUUUAAAUAAACCAAUCAUCGCUCGUUCUUCUUCUGCCGACCACCCAACGCAUCCGCUUAUCAUCCAAACACGUACGCCCUCCUCCAGUAGAUCAGAGACUUCAUUGCUUACCAAGGACACUCUUCCUGACUCAAAACCUAAACCUAAUAGGUAUCUCAAACCUCAAUAUUCAGAAGACGACAGUAAAACCUCGCAGCCAUUAAACAUGGAGCAAAUCAUGAUACACAGUCUCCCAAAGGCGCCUGUGAGACGGGGUAUCCUGCGCAGAGAAGACACCAUAACCAGCACAGCUAGCUCAACAUCGUGUCAUGACGAUCAGCAUGGGUAAAACAAUAAUAACCAUAUUUGUUGUUUAUACAAUUAACGUUGUGUUUCUCCAGGACUAAACUUUAUUUAAUGAAUAUGUAUAUAUAUAUAUAUAUAUAUAUAUA